AAUUUGGUGGAAUUUUGUGACUCGAAACGAAAGACACUGUCUAGUGUCUGGUGUAAACAGUAGAACAAAACGGAGAGGGAAUCGAACCCUAAUUACAUUUCCCGCCUUUCUUCCGACGAACUUUACUGCAACUCUACUACGAACAGUGAAUCAUGUGCGGCCGUUGUCGCUGUUCUAUCCGUCCAGAUGACGUCCCUCGCGCUUGCAACAUCGGUAACCGCCCCGUUCGUUUUGUCCAUACAGACCGGUUCCGAGCAGCAUAUAAUGUUUCACCUGGAUCAAACAUCCCUGUUGUUCGAAGAGACACGGAAGCUGACGGUCAGGGAGCUGUUGUGCAGUGCAUGAAAUGGGGGCUUAUUCCAAGUUUCACUAAAAAGACUGAAAAACCUGACUAUUAUAGAAUGUUUAAUGCUCGAUCAGAGUCAAUUGGUGAAAAGGCCUCCUUUCGCCGCCUUCUUUCUGGAAACAGGUGCUUGGUUGCUGUUGAAGGAUUUUACGAGUGGAAGAAAGAUGGGUCGAAAAAGCAGCCAUACUAUAUUCAUCUGAAGGAUGAUCGCCCCCUUGUCUUUGCUGCUCUUUAUGAUUCCUGGAAAAACUCUGAAGGGGAGGUUCAAUACACCUUCACUAUUUUGACAACAAGUUCCUCAUCAGCCUUAGGUUGGCUGCAUGACAGGAUGCCUGUUAUAUUAGGGAAUAAAGAGUCAACUGAUGAGUGGCUAGAUGGUUCUUCAUCUUCCAAGUUUGAUUCAUUGCUUAAACCGUACGAAGAGCCAGACUUGGUUUGGUACCCCGUAACACCUGCAAUGGGCAAACCUUCUUUCGAUGGACCUGACUGUAUCAAGGAGGUAAAGAUCGAGGAAACAAAACCGAUCUCAAUGUUCUUUGCAAAAAAGGUCACUAAAAAGGAAGAUCCGUCAGAGCAUCAACUUCCCGCUGCACAUAAAGAGGUCACCGAAACAGAAAAACCAAAAGGCCCGAAAGAGGAACCCGAAACUUAUGUGGGUCCCAGCACAUUGAAUCUCAAACGCGAGUAUGGUGACUUUUCUUCUGAUAUAAAACCGCCUGUCAAUGAAGAUGCUGACAACCAGUAUAAAAGUCCAGCUAAAAAGGGAAACUUUAAGAGCCCUGGUGACAAGCAAAAGACACUAUUCUCGUACUUUGGGAAAGGUUAAUCCUUAAUUUUUACUAAUGGUGUAAAUAUACUUGAUAUCUUGUUGUAUUGGGACGGCUUUGUUGUAGCGGUUGGAACACUUUUACUGAUCCAGUUGCUAGUCGUGUGCUAGCUAAACUUAUACUGGUGGUAAUUUUUUGACGUGUGGGAAUAGAACCGCGUUUUAUGGUUA